CUUCUCUCCAUCAGUCGCCAUCAUGCCUCACCCCGAGUCGGAUUCACAGCCUCCGUCAGACUCCGCGACGGAGCAGGAGCAGCUGACGAGCCUGCCUUUCCCUCCGGUCACUCACUCGCAUAUCCUAAACUGCUCUUUUCAUAGCUGGCAACCUCGCUAUCGCACAUUCACCCCCAAGUCUCGCGCCUUACCUUUGACUACCUCGUUUGUUUCCUACCUCCGUGCCGACGGCAUCGUGUUGCCACCAGAAGAUAUCCAACCGACGGACGAUGACAAACUCGACGCUUAUUCCGACGACUCCGCAGAGGAAGAGCCAGACCCGUCAACAGAAUGGAAGGAGAUCCACGCGCAAGUCAAGUCUACCAUCUCGGAGUUCGGAGGCAUUGUGACCCCCAAAUUGAAUUGGAGCGCACCGAAGGACGCCUCGUGGAUGUCAGCAACGAAUGAUCUGCAGUGUCGCACACCGAACGACGUGUAUCUUCUCCUCAAAAGCAGCGAUUUUGUCACGCACGACUUGGAGUACCCUUUCGACGGUUGUGUCGCCGACUCCACAGACUCUUCAUCGUCCGACGCCAGCCCUCCCGAAGUCCCCUAUCAUCUCGUCCUUCGCAAAUAUGUCAACUUCAACCCGUCGCUCGAGUUCCGAUGCUUCGUGCGCAAUCGCGUGCUCCUUUGUAUUUGCCAGCGUGAUCAAAACCACUUCGACUUCCUCUUUCCCAUGCGUGACUCCCUCCGAUCUCGGAUCCAGGCGUUUUUCGACGAGAAACUGAAGGAUACUUUCCCCGACCCUAACUUUGUCUUCGACGUAUACCUCCCGCCUCCCCACCAGCGCGCCUGGCUUGUGGACAUCAACCCAUGGGCUGAAAGAACCGAUCCGCUACUGUUCGGCUGGUUGGAAAUCUUACAGAUGAAAGAUCCCAUCGGCAUCCAGGAAGAGGACGGUGCCGAAGAGCAAUUCGUUCGUCUGUCUCUGAAUGGAAACAACCCUACCAUCUUGGAUACUGGAGCGGCCGGGGAAUCCGACUCCGAGUCAGAAUCGGAAGAGGAUCUUGAAGACGAAUUCGACGACGACAACCCAUUCCUUCCUGAGUUUCGACUUGUAAAACGGGAUGACCCGGAGGCCUACGCUUUUACGACACCCCAGUACUCCGCCAGUAAGCUGCCCAAGGAGGUGGUUGAAGCUUCAAUGACUGGCCCGGGCGGUAUGAGUGAGUUCCUGGGGAAGUGGCAGGACAUUCUGGCCAAGCAGACACAGGAGUCCGACUCAGAUAGUGAGGGUGGACGAUAAUGGACAGAUUGCUACGUUUCAUGGGUUUCGGAGUACGUUCAAGGGUUAAAAAUAGAGCGUUUGCAUGAAGGGCGUUUAUCGAGGUUCAGAGAAGGAAUUGAAAAAGUUAUUUCCUUGCAUUCAUUCACACUUAAACUUGCCGUAGGAGACG